UUCAACCAGUUUAAUUCACAUUAAAACCAGUUUAAUUCACAUUAAAACCAUUAGCAUUUUUGUGCUGGUUUCUAUUGUUUUACCAGCAGGGAAACCUCACACAGUCCGGUGAAUCCACACAGGAGCCCACAGCCUCCCGAAUGCAUUUUACUGCGGCGAGGAUUUGUAUGAUUGAAGCUUCCACUGUGUAUUUAUCACAAAUAAGUUAAUCAGUCAUCCCAUGUUUGGCCGUUACCUGAGCACAAUGGGCUCUCCGCCAGCUCGAUCUGCUUUGAGACACUGUUAUCCGCCUGGUCAUCCAUGGUGGACACGACCGCCACAGUUUCAGCACCAAUCUACCUCUUUCGGUACUGUCAGACAUCCCUUCAUUCGCCCCCCACGUCCUCCAGAUCCAUAUAACUGGAGCUCCUGGAGAAAUAGUGGUGUCCUGCGCCACACUCAUCCCAGACAAGGCGUUCAUCUUUCUAGAGGUCUGAUGGACCAUUCUGAAACAGAGCCACCACGGAAAAGGAGAAAGAGCACGGAUGGAAGGUCACCAGCGGAAAUAUCUUCACGUUUAGAAGAACGCUCAACUCCUAAAGGCAGCAGGACUCCAAAGGGAAGUCCUGAAUGGCUUAGAAAUAGAGCUAAUGAUCAAGUGCCCCCGGGGAAAUUUCCUUCAAGCCCAAAAUGUACCGCAGCCACACCAGAGUUGAAGAGACAAUGGAAGGAUUUUUCUCAACUCUGUGAUGCUAAAACGUCUGCAGAAAGGGGGAAACACAAAUUGCCAUUUGAUUUCACCGUCAUGUCCUACAAUAUCCUCUCCCAGGACCUGCUCAGUGAUAAUGCGUACCUAUACAAACACUGUAAUGCCUGUGAUCUGGAUUGGAACUAUAGGUUUUCAAAUAUAAUCAAAGAGUUGGCACAGCACAGCGCUGAUAUAAUAUGCCUGCAGGAGGUGCAAGAGGACCAUUAUCACGAACAAAUCAAACCUUCUCUAGAAUGUUUAGGUUACCACUGUGAGUUCAAACGAAGAACCGGCGUGAAGCCUGACGGAUGUGCUGUGGUCUUCAAACGCGAACGCUUCUCUCUCGUCUCCUGUCAUCCUUUGGAGUAUUUCCGUCGUGGCAUCCCUCUCCUCGACCGUGAUAACAUAGGCCUGGUUUUGCUGCUGCGGCCUAUUGACUGCAAUAGCUCUUUUGCAAACAUAUGCGUGGCCAACACACAUUUACUGUACAACCCCAGACGUGGUGACAUUAAACUGGCCCAGCUGGCUCUGCUGAUGGCAGAGAUAAGCAAGGUGGCCCAAUUACCUGAUGGCGGCGUCUGUCCCCUGGUGCUUUGUGGGGAUUUUAACUCUGUUCCUUGGUCUCCUCUGUAUCAGUUUAUUAAGGAAAGCAGACUGGAAUAUGAUGGCAUGCCUAUUGCGAAGGUGUCAGGACAGGAGGAGAACCCAAGAGGGCAGCGUAUACUCCCCGUGCCAAUUUGGCCAAGAAGUCUGGGCAUCUCUCAGGACUGCCAGUAUGAAACCCCAAGCGAAGAUCCUGAAGUGAAGGAUUUGGAGCAGGCAGCUUUAACAGUAGUUGAUGGAUUUACUAAGCCCAGCGUUCAGCACAGUUUAAAGCUGACCUCAGCAUACUCCCACUACCUGAAAGAUAGCAGCCAUCCUGAGAUCACCACCUCCCACUCACGGACAGCCAUCACUGUUGAUUACAUAUUUUACUCCGCAGCUCUGGGAGAUGUGAUGGCUCAUCCAGAAUGCAGUGUGUCACCAGACAGGGGUCUGCAGCUGCUGGGCAGACUUGCCUUGGUGGGGGAAGACGAACUCCAGAGGGUCAAUGGCCUUCCCAACAAACACAACUCUUCUGACCACCUGCCCCUUUUGACACGUUUCCGCCUGCACCCUCAAACCGAAAGCUGAGAGAUCUGCAGUGUUUUCUUGCACCGUAUAGGGGCUUGCAGUGUGCGACCAGAUUAACAAUGACUAUAAACUCACAAUUCAAUGUGAAACUUGAUUAUAAAUUGUCACAUAUUCUCUUUUUGUCUUAUGACAAAAUUAAAAGAAUUGGAGCUUGUCUGUAAUGGGACAGUCUCGCACAUAUCUCACUCCAAUGUGUUAGGGGUGUUUUAAAAAAUAAAUAAGGCAGCUUUGACACUAAGCAAGUCAGUGAAUUAAGAUUUAAACAGAUUUUAAAAGGUGCAUCCGUUUCAUUUGCAUGCAUUUUAAAGAAUGAAUGAGUAAUAUGUUAAAUAAAUAAUUUUAUCAGUCUUA